AUGACUAAAGAUAACCAGACAUGGUAUACCAAAGAUGAUCAAGUUUCCCCAUUAUGUUUCCGAUUAACGCAAGAACAAAUUGAAAAAGAAAGAGAAAGGGACAAAAACAUCAAGAAGAUGUUAUCUCAAAUGGAAAUCCUACAAGAGCACAUGAAAGGGACACAUGGAGUAUUUCGAGUUGAGGAGGGUUCUUCUUCCGGUUACUCAAUACCAGGGGGUGACGAACCAAGGAAAUAUUGGCAAGAUUGGGCUAAGCAGGAUGAUCAGGAGGAGGACCAUACUCACUUGAGUGAAAGCCCAAAAUCUAAAGGGAGUGCAAGUAGUCCUCGGAUAAAUUAUUUGUUAUCGCGCAUACUUAAUAAAGUUGAGGGGUCUGAUGAUUUGCUAAAAGGAAUGAAAGAUGACUUUUCAACAUUGAACAAUAAAGUAAAUUCCCAUACUGAUGCCAUCAAAAUGUUGGAAGGUGAAUUGAGUUUAUUAUCAGCUCAAUUAACAUCCAAAACACCAAUGGACUAUAUAGAAAGAGAGUUGGUUGUAGUUACCCGUAGCGCUAAGGUGGCAAUAGGGGAUAUGAUGAAAGAUGAGGAUCCUAAAAAACAUGAAGAGAGCCAAGAUGUGGAGGAACAAGAUUUACCUAUUCAACAAAGCCUUACUAAAGAACCACAGGAGGAAGCCGAGCAACAAGUUCAAGUUCCAAAAGUCAUGCACCCUUUACCCAAGAUACCUCCACCAUUUCCCCAAUCAUUGUUGGAAAUGUCGGGAUACACCAAAUUCAUGAAAGAACUUGUUACAAAGAAAAGGAGCUUGGACUAUGAAACAAUUGAGGUUCCCCAUAGUUGCAGUGCAAUUAUGACAAAUGAUUCAAUCACGAAAAGAGAAGAUCUUGAGGCGUUUACAAUCCCUUGCACAAUUGGCAUGCCCCAAUUCACUAAAGCCUUGUGUGAUUUAGGAGCAAGCAUCAACUUGAUGCCCUACGCAAUAUACAAACAACUUGAUUUGGGUGAACUAAAGGCAACCACAAUGAGACUCCUUAUGGUUGAUCGAUCAAUCAAGCACCCAGUGGGGAUACUCUAUGACAUAUUGGUAAAAGUGGAUCGGUUUGUCUUUUCGACUGAUUUUGUGAUUCUAGAUUGUGAAAUCGAUGCUGAAAUCCCCAUUAUUUUGGGAAGGCCAUUCUUAGGUACCGGGAGAGCAUUUGUGGAUGUUGAAAGUAGGAAAUUGAUGUUCCGUGUGAACAAUGAUGAGACCUUUAAUAUUUGUAAAUCCAUGAAGCAACCAAGUAAUAUCCAUGUGGUGUCUACUGAUGAUGUGAUAGAUGAGGCAGUGGCAAGUGUGAGUCAUUUAAUGCGCAAGGAUGAACCCCUUGAAUAUGUACUUGCCAAUUAUGAUGAAUCCGAAGUUCAAGGCUACGAGGAAGUGGUAGCUGCUUUAUCAAGAUUAGGAGCAUAUUCAAGGAGUCCAAUCAAGUUGGAUAUCGACCUGAAAAACAGAGAAAGUCCCCCUGCAAAGUCAUCGACAGAAGAACCACCAAAUCUGGAGUUAAAAGCCCUACUCUCUCAUCUCAAAUAUGCCUUCUUAGGAGCCAAUAAUACUUGGCGGUAA